AUGGCGGCGACCAUGCCGGCCACCUACGACGAUCCCAGAACGAACACUCAGGCCGACGCGGUCGACAGCGACCAGGACGCUGAGGGGGAAGAGGACCCCGAUCUGUAUGAGUUGGAUCAGCGAUUGCAGGAUGCUGUUCAGAAAGCAGACGCGGGAGAGCAAGAUGAGGACGAUGAGGCUGCCAUGGAGUCGGAGCCAACAGACGAUGGCAAGAUCGAGGCAGAAUCAGAAGAGGAGGAGUCGAGGUCGCUCGAUGCUGACGAUGAGGACUUUGUUGACACGGUGAAGCCCCGCAAACGCAGGAAAAGGGCUGCAAGUGAGGCUUUAGAGUCGGAGGAUGCGGACGUGGCUUACGAGUCAGCUAAAUCCGAGUCGGACGAUGCUGAGGCAGAAGAAUGGGAAGCUGAAGCUGAAAACGAUGAGGCCGAAGCGGAUAAAUCCAGCCAUGGGAAUUGCAUAUUCUGCGGACAAGAUGAGGAGCAUGAUCCGUCUGAGGAUUUUGAGGAAUACCUGACCUGUGCAGUUUGCGGUGAUCACUGUGCGUGUCUCAAACAUUCGCCUGCAGCUCAUUCUCCCUUCAUAUCAGCGACUAACCUGACCAUGCAUGUCGCAGCCCACCGACAAUGUGCCCGAGAACAGAAUGCUCUGAGUGAAAGUGACGGUAUGCCCUUUGUUUCUAAGGCCAAGGUAUACACGCUGACACCACGAGCAGAUGCAGAAAACUGGCGGUGUCCCACCUGCGUGCAGAAUAAACUGGAACCAGAUCCUGGGGAGCAGACAACCACGCGACGCAGAGGGGCUCAGAACAUCACGAGGGAUCUUCUCCCUGCGUCGACCGGCUCGUCCGGUCCUGCUUCUCACUCAAUUUUCAACAAUCUGAUUGUUGACGACGACCCCAUGGACGGGACACGAUCACUGCGCAAGAGAAAAACAUCGUCUGCUGAUAUGGACGAUCACACGCCGGUCCUGCGCAAGCGACAGCGCCAGACGCCGUCGCGGGCUGGGACGACCGACGCGGCUGUUUCCGCGGACGCUAACGGGGCUGUGGAGACGGCAUCGCUGCCCCGGACGCGGCCGCGCCGGACUCGAAAGGCAGACAAGGAGCUGUGCCGGGUCGUGCAGAAGAAGCUUGGCAAGCUCGUCCUUGCUUUUCGUCUCGACCCAGGCAAGACGGCCAAGAUCCUCAGCUCUCGCCCUCGUCCCAAGAAUCGGAGACGCAGGCCUCCGAAGCCGCCCCCGGUGGAAGAAGAGCCUCAAAGCCACUUUGCUCCCAUUUAUCCAAACUACGGCUCGCCGUUGUACUCCUUCCACGAUCGCGAGUCCGAUCAACUGAAUUCGAAACCCUACGGCGGUAUACUAUCCGAGGAGGAUGCUGAUACCAGUCGAACCAUUCCCACCCAGGCCGACCGCGAGCGGUUCGAGCUUGCGCGGAGAAAGGCCGAGGAAGACUGGCAGAGGAAAGCCAAAGAAGACGAAAUGGCUGGCGAUGCCAAUCAUCGAGGGUCGCAGAAGGUGUCUGGCCCUCCGAGCAAAAUCAAGUGGAUCAACUUUGGCGGUUACGAGAUCGAGACAUGGUAUGCAGCGCCGUAUCCCGAAGAGUACAGCCGCAACCGGGUGCUCUACAUCUGCGAGUUUUGCCUCAAGUAUAUGAACUCCGAUUUCGUUGCGUGGCGUCACAAACUCAAGUGCCCGGCGAAGCAUCCGCCUGGCGAUGAGAUCUACCGCGACGGCACCAUUUCCAUCUUCGAGGUGGACGGACGCAAGAAUCCGGUGUACUGCCAAAACCUGUGUCUCCUGGCCAAGUUGUUUCUGGGGUCUAAGACUCUUUACUAUGACGUGGAGCCAUUCCUCUUCUAUGUCAUGACGGAAUACGAUGAGUACGGGUGCCACUUCGUCGGCUACUUCAGCAAAGAGAAGCGGCCCAGCUCGUCCAACAACGUCUCCUGCAUCCUGACACUUCCCAUCCAUCAGCGGAAAGGUUACGGGAAUCUCCUCAUUGACUUCUCCUAUCUUCUGACGCGCGUCGAAAAGAAGACCGGUUCGCCAGAGAAACCGCUUUCUGACAUGGGACUGGUGUCCUAUCGCAACUACUGGCGGCUUGUCUUGAGCUACCAGUUGCGCAACCAGAAAACCCCUAUCAGCAUUGCGGAGCUCUCGGAGCGUACUGGCAUGACUCCGGAUGAUAUCGUUUCCGGCCUGGAAGGGUUGCGCGCUCUUGUCAGAGACCCGGUCACGAAGAAGUACGCGCUACGGCUGAACUACCAAUACUUCGAGGAAUACAUCCGAAAUUGGGAGAGCAAAGGGUAUGUGAAGCUGAACCCUCUCGCUCUCGUAUGGACGCCGUACGUCAUGGGGCGCAACAAUCAGUCACAUUACGAUCGCACUCAGCUGCAUACUGUCGCUCCACGAGAUGGAUCAGAGGAAGGUGAGGAAGGCGACGCCGAAGAGAGGGGGAAGACUAAGCUCGGAGAGGGCAACGCCGCAACUCCAGGGUGGAACGGUGACGCAAAUGGGCACGUCGAUCCUCAGGGGUUGCCAUACGCCCCGGCAGGGCCUCCCUCGACGAGCGCUCUCGAUAAGGCGUCGGCGAACCAAGUGAACGGCGACAGCGGUUCAUCUGACAAGACACCCGAGGAGGAGAACCCAGCUGCUGGUAUACCGCCUACUCGAUUCGAGAUCUAUCCGCCGAUCCAGGGUCCGCCACCAAAACGGCGGCCUGGUCGUCCUUGGGGUAGCAAAACCAAUUAUAAUCGAGUCUCGUACACUCCCGCCUCACGGUCCAGCCGCACUCCAAGACGGUCGUCGGCUUACACUGCUGGGACACCUGCGACGUCUAUUAGACGAGGAAGAAGUGCGAAGUUGACUGAUCCAGCUUCUGCCCAGUCUCCUACAGUCAAUGGUAACGGGAAUGCAGAGAGAGCCCAGGACGAAAGCGCUAUAGUCGAUGAACCGGAAAUGGCGGUAGAUGGCGAGUUCCCUGCAGAGAAUAACUCUGUGCAAAAGUUGCCGACGAACGGUGUGGAACAGGCAGACGAGGUGGUCGAGAAUGGGCAUUCGGAAGCGCCAAGCACCGGGCACCCUACUCCUCGCAAGAGUGGGAGGGGGAAGGGGAAAGGGAAGGGAAAGGGCAAGGGGAAGGGGAAGGGGAAGGCUGUUGACGAGGACAAGACUGGCAGCGAGGGUGACAAGGUCAAAGUCAUCAUUCGGCCGCCGGCAGCGCCAGUAAAUGAUAGCGACGUGGAUGCCGAAGGGGAGGUGGACGACGAGGUGGAUGCGACGGCGAUGUCGUUACAAUAUAAUUCUGCUGAGUACUGUACCGUCUGGGGAAAAAAAAAGAUAGUAUAUACAACAUGCCCUGCUUUCCUUCCUUUCCUUUACUGGGCAGGUCAUGAUGACGAUGAUGAUAACGACGAUAUACAUCGAAUAGGCAAAGGUUAUUUUUAUUUAUAUGAAUCUGUGGCUGGCUGGUUGCCUACAUUAGACACUGCCAUCACAACUAGAAUGACACAGGUGACAUGCCCUUAA